AUGUCUUCUGCAUCAGGUCAAGCCUCUGUUUUUGUGAAACCAAGAAUUGUGGUCAACAAGUUUUUAGCCAGGCCUCAAAGGGAAGGAGUGGGUGCUGUUGUUAGAAGAAGCAUUGGAAGGCCUGAACUGAAGUCCUUGGAUCCUUUCCUCUUGCUGGAUGAAUUUACUGUUUCACCUCCUGCUGGAUUUCCUGAUCAUCCCCACAGAGGAUUUGAGACUGUAACAUAUAUGCUGCAGGGAGAAUUCACUCAUCAAGAUUUCGCAGGGCAUAAAGGCACUAUUCGAGCAGGGGAUGUCCAGUGGAUGACAGCGGGAAGAGGGAUAGUUCAUUCGGAAAUGCCUGUAGGAGAAGGAGUUCACACAGGUCUGCAACUAUGGAUCAACCUCUCAUCAAAGGACAAAAUGGUCGAACCUAAUUAUCAAGAAAUGCUAAGUGAUGACAUCAAAAGGGUUGAAAUUGAUGGCGUUGAAGUGAAAAUCAUAGCAGGAGAAUCUAUGGGAGUUGAGUCGCCAGUGUACACGCGAACCCCAACAAUGUUUCUUGAUUUCACCCUAAAGUCCAACUCUGAAGUGAACCAGAAAAUACCUGAAUCUUGGAACUCCUUCGUCUAUGUCAUUGAAGGAGAAGGCAUUUUUGGGUCGUUGGACUCACCACCUGUAUCUGCUCACCAUGUUUUGGUGUUAAGUCCUGGUGAUAGUUUGAGCGUAUGGAACAAGUCCUCAAACGCCCUUAGGUUCGUGCUCAUUGGGGGUGAACUGCUGAAUGAACCAGUGGCUCGACAUGGUCCUUUUGUGAUGAAUACACAUGAAGAGAUUGACCAGACUAUAGAAGACUAUGACCAUUGUAAGAAUGGAUUUGAAAUGGCCAAGAACUGGACAUCUGAAUAGUGUAAGGACUCAAUAUUGAGAUCAUAACCAUUUUUUUUUGUCACCAUCCAAGAAUAAGGGUGUAC